GGCCCAAGAAAAUCUUUCUUUCUUUCUUCUCGUUCCUCUACAUUGUCUUGCGCCACCCUCAAUACCCGAAUACACAUCGGGUUCGAUCUGGAAUGCUGUAGUGUGAUCCAAUCCAGGUCGAAUCUUUGAUGUGUACUCGGGCCAAUGGGUUGCGUAAGCUCCAAGAAUCUCGCGUCCUCCCCUGCUUCACCUACAUUGCGUAGGCCCGAUUCGCCAAUCAGGAGCCGCAGCAGCAGUAGCAGUAGCAGCAGUAGUAGUAGACAUGAAGGGAUUACAAAAUUGGACAAGAUAAAAGAGGAUGAGAGCGAGAAUGAGAGGGUGGAUUUUCUGAAACCAUCGGCUAAUUCCAAGAAACUCGAUGGCAGUGAGAAAGGACGUGCAUUUCGUUUUAGAUUUGGGAGCUUCAAGUCGACAGCACAGAAUGGCGAUCAACGACACAUGGAUGCGUCUGCUUGGCCUGCUUGGCUUACGGAGGCUGCUCCUGAGGCUGUCGAGGGAUGGCUUCCUCUUCGAUCCGAUAUGUUUCACAAAUUGCAGAAGAUUGGACAGGGGACAUACAGCAGUGUUUAUCGUGCACGGUAUGUUGAAACUGGCAAGCUGGUUGCCCUGAAGAAGGUGCGUUUCAAUAAUAUGAAACCAGAGAGUGUCCAGUUUAUGGCACGAGAAAUAGCCAUUCUACGAAGGCUUGACCAUCCCAAUAUCAUGAAACUGGAGGGAAUCAUUGCUUCCCCGUUAUCCUCCAACAUAUACCUUGUAUUUGAGUACAUGGAACAUGAUCUCUCAGGACUAAUCUCAAACCCUGAUGUCAAGUUCUCUAAUGCACAGAUCAAGUGCUAUAUGUGGCAGCUAUUAUGCGGACUAGAACAUUGUCAUUCACAAGGACUAAUACAUAGAGAUAUCAAAACAUCUAAUAUUUUGGUUAACAAUGAAGGAGUUUUGAAGAUAGCAGAUUUUGGUUUAGCAAAUUUUGUUACCCCUAGAAACCAGCAGCAACUGACAAAUCGUGUUGUCACUCUAUGGUAUCGGCCUCCUGAAAUAUUUCUAGGCUCGACGAGUUACAAGGAAACUGUGGAUCUCUGGAGUGUAGGAUGUGUAUUUGCCGAGAUGUUCUUGGGAAGGCCCCUUUUAAAAGGUAGAAAUGAGGUUGAACAACUGCAUAUGAUUUUCAAGCUUUGCGGUACUCCAUCUGAUGAAUACUGGAAAAAAUCUAAACUUCCUCUAGCAACGAUGUUCAAACCCCAGCAUCCAUAUGAAAGUACUCUCAGAGAAAGGUGUGAUGAAUUCCCCAGGAUUGCUGUCAACCUUUUGGAAACUUUGCUUUCUGUAGAUCCGGAGAAGCGUGGGACUGCUUCUUCUGCACUAGAUUCAGAGUAUUUUAGCACCAGACCUUAUGCCUGUGAUCCAUCAAGCUUGCCAAAGUACUCACCUAGUAAAGAGAUUGAUGCGAAGGCCCGUGAUCACACAAGAAAAACUGCUGGUACCCGAAAGCGCGCCCUUGGAGCCUCUAGAGACCCAAGGAAAUUCAGGAAGCCCUUGGAAGUAUCAAGCACUUCACAGGAGAUUGAGGGUAAUUGUCAUGCCGCCCGUAGUAUUAAUGAGGAUUCCUCAGAUUCCAAGGUACUCACAGCCACAGGGUCUCAAAAAAGUGGACAGACUGAGAUAUCUCAAGCAGACAGCACUCAGACAGUCCACGCAAAUUCAUCGUUAAGUAGAUUUGCACAGGCCUACAGGAGGAACCAGGAUAAUCCAUCUAGGAUGCAGAGGAAGAUAUACUCCAGAAGUAAAACUAUGAUUGCUAUGGAUCCAAUGGCUGAACUGCGUGAAUUUCAGUCUAGUGGUCCUGAUUCUCUCAAUUUGUCUGCAGACUUUAUCUACUGAUCAUAAUGACUAAUAUCCAAGGCGUCCGAUCUCACUGCCAUUAAUCAAGACAGGCGAAGCGGCAGGAAGCCAAGAUAGCCACACUCAUCAGGCUUAUCAGAAAUCCCGUUUGAGUAGAGAGUAAUUGGUACAUGCAUGAGGUUUGCAGCUGUUUGCUGACGGUAAAAUCUCAUGUGGCUGCCCAGCAAAUCAGAGGAGAGGAAGAAAGUGGAGAGGAGAAAGAAAGAGAAACAAGAGGGGUACAAGUUGCCAGGGAAUAGUGGUUAUUAUGAUCCUCUUGGACACUUUUGUGUAAAUACAUUUGUUUUGCAGUGACCACAAGGCGUUCCCAACCUCGAUAGGUUAGCUUGUAUUUAUGUUUCUUUGUCUCCUGCUUCUGUUGGUUUCUUGCUCAUCUUGUAUAUCAAGCCUGUAAAUCGUAUCAAUAUAUCUGUUACUCCA